AAAAUAAAAGAAUCUGAAAAAGGUUUGGGUUAAAAAUAGACAUGGCCCAAAAAUCAAGAACCAAACGACAGACAGAGUACAAGCAGAAGUAGGUUGUUCAGAAUAUGACGCAAAUUUGAACCAGGCCUGCUUUCUGAUCAAGAUUCAUCUUCCUCCCGUCGCUCUCUUCUUCGCGCCAUCCAUAGCUCGCUUCCCACCGGGCCGACCGUUCUUCGCUGCCGUUAAGCAAAUGGCUGCUGUGUCCGAUUAGCUUGAACCGGUUGCUCACCGCCUUCUGUUUCUCCCUCGCUCUCCACUGAUUUCUCAAUUCGUGGGUGGCGAGUGGGAUAAUGAGCCAUUGCCAAGCCAUUUUCCGGCAGAAGGGCCCUUUUUGUACCCCGACGAUUAUCACACCUCAAGUUGGUCUCUGCAGAAACAAUUAUUCACGGCUCUUAGUCAGAAAGGAGCAUAAUUUACAACUAAGGAGUUCUGAAUUAUCAGGAAGACUUCAGGUGCAUUGUGUGAUGGAGAAAGAAACUGAUCUGAGCAUUUCAACAUCGGUUGGCACAGCGACAGAAUCAUUGCAGGAAGCUGAUGUGAGGGAGCCCAGUGUAUCCACCAUCUUGAUGAACUUUGAGAACAAGUUUGAUCCUUAUGAUGCAAUGAGUGUGCCACUAUACCAGACUGCUACAUUUAAGCAGCCAUCAGCAACAGAAAAUGGCCCUUAUGACUACACUAGAAGCGGGAAUCCUACUCGGGAUGUUUUAGAAAGCUUGUUGGCAAAGCUAGAUAAAGGGGAUCGAGCACUUUGCUUUACAAGUGGAAUGGCUGCCUUAGCUGCUGUCAGUCAUCUUUUUGGAACUGGGGACGAAAUUGUUGCUGGAGAUGACAUUUAUGGUGGAUCUGAUCGAUUGUUGUCACAAGUGAUCCCAAGAAGUGGAAUUGUGGUGAAACGAGUGAAUACAAGUAGCCUGGAAGAGGUCGCCUCUGCAAUGGGGCCUCGGACAAAGCUUGUGUGGCUGGAAAGCCCAACAAAUCCACGUCAACAAAUUUCUGACAUCCGCAAAAUUGCAGUGAUAGCUCAUGCAAAUGGUGCUCUUCUUUUGGUGGAUAAUAGCAUUAUGUCUCCUGUUUUGUCACGACCAUUAGAGCUUGGGGCAGACAUUGUAAUGCACUCAGCAACUAAAUUCAUAGCUGGGCAUAGCGAUCUUAUGGCGGGGGUACUUGUUGUCAAAGGAGAAAGGUCAGACACUCAUAAUUCCUCGACUUUGUUAUCUGCCUGCACUUAGUUAAUUAUUCAUUCAAGUUAUAAGGAAACAUUUACCUGAAUGGAUCAAGUUUAAUGACUCCCUUGUAGGGCACCUUAGACUUAUUAAGUUAUUAUGUACAUUACUGAAGCACUUCAAGGGUUUGGGCUUGUCCCUUAGGCUGGAAUCAAAAUUAUUGCCCAAUAUUUUAAUGUUUAUGUGUAUAAUUAUAACUAUGGAAACAUCUGCUGUCUGUUAUUCUGCUAUAAAUUGAUUAGACUGAAAUUCUGCCCCAACACGAGAUCUUUUCCAGGGAGAUCGCUAACAUGCAUUAUACAUGCAGGCACAUUCGUGCUCUAUGUUGAUAUUAUCUUACUUAACAGUGCAAUACAUAAUAUAGUUUAGACAUUUUCUUCGUAUGAGUUUCUUUUGUGAGGUCCUUGGUUCAUCUAUCUUGCGGUUUCUCGUACUUUCAGCUUGGGGAGAAAUUUGUAUUUCUUGCAAAAUGCAGAGGGCUCAGGUCUUGCCCCGAAUGAUUGCUGGCUUUGUUUGCGAGGUAUUAAGACGAUGGUUUUGCGUGUUGAGAAACAACAGGAGAAUGCACAGAAGAUAGCUGAGUUUCUUGCUUCCCAUCCACGAGUUAAAAGAGUCAACUACGCCGGGCUUCCUGAUCAUCCUGGUCGCGAACUGCAUUACUCCCAGGCACAGGGAGCAGGAUCAGUGCUCAGUUUUCUGACAGGAUCUCUGGCUCUCUCAAAGCAUAUCGUGGAGACCACCAAGUAUUUCAGUGUGACAGUCAGUUUCGGGAGUGUGAAGUCGCUCAUAAGCAUGCCAUGCUUCAUGUCGCAUGCAAGCAUUCCUGCCGCAGUCAGAGAAGCCAGAGGCCUGACCGAGGAUCUUAUACGAAUCUCUGUUGGGAUCGAGGAUGUGGAUGAUCUAAUUGCUGAUUUGGACUUCGCCCUGAAAACUGGACCCGCAGCAUAGAGCUCCCCGAAGAAGUAACCAACGAGCUCUUCAUUGCCUGCCUCUAGUUUCCAGCAGUAUCAAGUUCGCCAACUGAGGUGAUAAAUUUUUGGUCAAAAGUGGAAUGUCUUCACAUAGUUGAAGCUGGUCUUUGUCUCUUCCAGUUUUGAUUACUGUGUGUGGCUGCAUGAGUGCAUGCUAACACAGCUCCGCCAGUGGUUGCUGACAUUAGAAUCGGAAAAGUUGAAACAAGAAGGUUGGCAUUUUAUUGUAGUUUGGGAUAGAAAAGUUUGUGGAUUUAUUUAGGGAUGGCAAAAUAGGUCAUCACCGUAAUAUGAAUAGAUUUUGUCGUGGAAAAUCCAAUCGAUAUUAUCUCUGGGUGAAUUUUCUCCGAAUUCGAUAAAAAGGAUAAUGAAUUUGGUACGGUU